UUAUUUAUUUGUUUGCUUGAUAGAGGUUUUCAGAAAACCAUCUCUCUCAACGGAAGAACGCACAGAGAGAGAAUCAGCUCGCUCGCCCGCCCGUCAGCCAUGUCGACUGAAUCUGCUUCUUCGAUUCAGAGGAACCAAGUGGAUCUUCUAGACUUUGUAGAUUGGUCUGGAGUUGAAUGCCUUAACCAAAGCACCGGCCAUUCACUUCCCAAUGCUCUCAAGCAGGGUUACAGAGAAGAUGAAGGAUUGAAUCUAGAAAGUGAUGCUGAUGAUCAGCUUUUGAUCUAUUUACCUUUUACUCAAGUUGUUAAACUGCACUCUAUUGUCAUCAUAGGUCCUGAAGAGGAAGGUCCCAAGACCGUGAAGCUUUUCUCAAACAAGGAACAUAUGGGAUUUAGCAAUGUUAGCGAUUAUCCUCCAAGUGACACAGUUGUUCUAUCCACUGAUGCUCUCAAGGGAAAAUCCACUGUCUUAAAAUAUGUUAAGUUCCAGAAUGUUCGAAGCUUGACAAUUUUUAUUGAAGACAAUCAAUCUGGCUCUGAAAUCACAAAAAUUCAGAAGAUUGUCCUUUAUGGAACAACGGUGGAAACAACCGACAUGAAAGGCCUGAAAAAGAUCGAGGAUCACUAAUUUCAGCAAUUAUUAUUAUUAUUAUUUCAUAAACACUUGAUCUAUCACAGUUCUUCCUUAUCCUAACCAAUCAUUCAAUGAUUUGAUAUCUUGAUGGGAUUUGGAUUUGUGCCAGAGAUUUUGAUAGAUUUCUUCAUCACUUGAUAAAACUAUUGUACUGGUUCCUUGUACUUCAUUGAAGCAAUUUGACUUUAUCAUCUAUUGACAAUGAUGUUUACUCA